GAGCCCAGCUGCCAUCAAAAUGAAGGCGCUCAGACAGAUCCUCCUGCUGCCUCUCUUAGCUGCUCUGGUUUUUGCUGAAGACAACCCGAUAGAAUUCAUGGGUAUGGAACGUAACGUUCUUUGUUGUGGAAUUUAAUUAGCUUUUGCACUAUUUAUUGGGCAACUGAAGAGAAAAAUGUCAAAUGUACCUCUAAGUGCAUCUCAUUUUAGUGUAUUGCUGCAAAAUAUGAGCAUCUGAGUGUGCCAAUAACUGCUGAAGAUCGUAAUAACAACAACAACAAAAUGGCAAUAUAUGACUGGUUAUGGAAAAUUUUUAACUUAAAAACACAAUUUUGAAGAGAUUUUGCUCCAGAAUGGAAAUGUGCUUGUACAAAUUGAUACUGCAUUGGAGAAAUAGGGCUGAAGUGACUUAGAAAGCGCUGCUUUUUAAAAGAGUUUUGGGUAUUGUGGUGGCUGUGGGAUAAUGAAGCAUUGGUGCCACGUCAGGCAAAGGAGACCUUGUAAUGCUCUUACAGCUCAGAGGUUUCCUACGUGACCACAGAGGUCUGUCCUAAACCUUUCUUUCCCCUCUGCAGUUCAGCAACAAGUCUGACCUGCUCAGCUGGGACUGCAGACGCUGUAUAGGAAAUGCUUCCUGCUGCUUUAGGCUGUCCUGAACUGGGGAGGAAUUGCUCUUGGUGUUUGGUAGUUACCAAAGGCAUUUUUUUCUCUGCGUUUUGAGCUGUUUUGAUGUUUAGUUUUAAAAUCCACAUCAAUCCACAGCAAAAAUCCACGUGCAAAGAGGUGGGCUCCUUUUGUUUGCUUAGAAAUCACAGCUUAGUGGUUUUGUUUCAGGCCACUGUGUUUUUUUAUAGGGGAAGAGAACACCUCACCGUGAAUAUUGACCUCUUCACCUCUUUCCUGUCCUACGUUGCUUUAAGCUGUUUAUUUACUUCUUGCCCCAGAAGUUUCUCUAGACGUUUGCUCGGCUUUGCUACCACUUUUUGAAGCUUUCCCUCUUUAGCUGUAUCCUUUUAGAGAUGGAGGGCCAGAACUGUGAGCAGCACCAGUCACACAUGUGGUGCUUCAGAAGCUCACAUCUGAAGAUCUCUUUUGAUUCCGUGGGCGUAGGUCCCCAGCUGCCUUCAUGUAAAGGGCUGAAACCCAGAACUAGAGCCAAUGAUCCUCAGGAAAAGAGCAUCGGGGGAAGACAGGGCCUGAGGCGCUUGUAACCACCAACCUCGCCAGUGAGAGCUGCCCAGGUGUCCUGUGUCAUCUGGAAUUUCCAGUUUUUCCUUUGGCUUCACCUGUAUGUGUUUCCCUAACUCCAUUUUCUCUGCUGUUGGUGAAAACGAGGAGGAAAAAAGAUAUUUUCUAAUACCCUUUUUCCUAUUUGAUUCUUCAAGUUUCAUUAGCUACUGCAGUAGAAAUGAAAAAUCCCAAUGGUACAGUGCUUUGCUUGCCUGCUCUGCAGUGGGCUGUCUCGGAGUUUGCACAGCGCAGGAUCAGACCCUGCUGCAAGGCUGAGCUGGUUGCUGUCCUGUUGUUCCCCAACAGGUGAACCUCAAUGCGGUGCUUCGCUCUCAGACCCCAACAAAGCACUCAAGAUCAACCUCAAUUCAAAUGCAAACUGUCUCUGGCACAUUCAGAGGAGUGAAAAUCAAACAAUUAGGCUCAUCUUCUCUUAUUUUAAAUUUAAUCCUUCUUCAAGCUGUGAAACAGAAAGUAUUAAAGUCUAUGAUGGCCCCUCAUCUAAUUCACCUCUUCUUGGACAAGUAUGUAACAACACUGACGCCGUCCCAGUGUUCCAAUCAUCUUCAAACAGUCUGACUUUCCUCAUUACAACAAACUCUGUGGCUUUCACACGGAAUUUCUUUGUUUCCUAUUACUACUUCUCACCAGAAACAACAAUUGAAAAUUGUGGGGGAAGCUUAACUGGUCCCAGUGGGACAUUUACCAGCCCCAACUACCCAGCAGCUUACCCUGAAUUUACCUAUUGUGUCUGGCACAUACAGACUACAAAAAACUCGAAGAUAAGCUUAGAGUUCCAGGAUUUUUUCCUGGAACUAGAUCAGAACUGCCAGUUUGAUUUUCUGGCAGUCUACGAUGGCCUCACCACUGACACUGGCCUAAUUGGAAAAGCAUGUGGUGUUUCUCGGCCCACAUUUGAAUCUUCUUCAAACGCCAUGACAGUUGUGCUGUCUACAGACUAUGCCAACUCCUACAGAGGGUUUUCUGCUCGGUAUACCAGCGUUCUGCCAAGUCCCCCAGAGCCUGACACAUCCCUUACGUGCUCUUCAGACAGAAUGACAAUUGUACUGAGCAAGGCUUACCUGGACUCCCUUGGCUAUAAUGAAACUCACCUACAGCUGAAUGACCCAUCUUGCAGGCCAGUUACAACAGACCAAGUGAUCUUUUCCUUCCCACUAAGCAGCUGUGGAACAACUAAGAAGGAUGAAGAUCUGAGCAUCACGUACACCAACGUCGUAACUAUCUCUGAAAGUGGCAACGUCAUCACCCGCAAAAAGAUCGUACAGAUCAUCGCAAAAUGCAUAAUGGAAAAGAAUUCAACCCUAGAGGUCAUUUAUGUAACAGAAAACAACAUAAUCCAGAACACAGCCUCUGUGGGAAGAUACAACGUUAGCAUGUCAUUCUAUGAUUCCGAUUCAUUCUCCAGCCCUGUACUCGAGUCCCCCUAUUACGUAGACUUGAACCAAACCCUUUUUGCUCAAGUCAGUCUUCAUUCCACUGACCCAAACCUUUUGGUGUUCAUUGAUACCUGCACAGCAUCUCCACAAUCGGAUUUUGGAUCGAUAACAUAUGACUUGAUCAGAAGUGGCUGUAAGAAAGAUGACACUGUGGUAACAUACCAACCCCUGGAGCACUAUGGAAGAUUCAGAUUUAAUGCCUUCAGGUUCCUGAGGAGAGCUCCGUCUGUUUAUCUCCAGUGUGAUGUUUUAAUUUGUGACAGCAACAACGAGAGCUCUCGCUGUACCAAAGGCUGUGUCUCCAGGCAGAAGAGAGAGACUUCUUCAUACACUUGGAAAACCAAGGCUGUAGUAGGUCCUAUCCGCCUCAAACGAGACCGCAGGGCUGCUGAUCAUCUAGAAUCCCUCACUGGGACAGAUGCUGAAGAAACCCCAAACCUGCAACGCUACAGCUUCUCCACUCUUUCAGUUGUGGUUUUGAUUUCAAACAUUAUCAUUGUGGUAGCUGUGGUAGUAAAAUAUCACAUGAAUUGCCUAUCGGGAUCUGGCUACCAAAAAAUCCCAAGUUCAUAUUAACUACUCUACAAUGUUGUGAAUUUGUGACAACUUCUAUUCAGAUUUAUCACUCAAAGAGGGGAGAAUGGGAAAAACAAAGCAAACUAACAGUCCUGGAAUGCAACAAUGCCUGGAAACAUGCUUCAUAUCACAUCAGUUUUCUUAUAUAUGCCUACUAUGUGCCCCUUGUUAACACUUGCUGCCCUAUCUACAGCUUUUGCUCAGAGCAUUUGAAGACACUGAAUAUAACCAGUAUAUAAGUUAGGAGUCCAUAUACAGUCAUAAGUAAAAUGAUGCACCUCAGAUUUUGGAGAGCAAUAAGCAGAAUGAAGUAAAUAGAUUGACCUUUCAAUAAAGAUGAACUUUGUGACA